AUGGCAAAUGAGCUUGAAUUGAUUGGACACCAAGAGGGAGAACAACAUCAGCAUACAACCACUACCACAACAAACGAUGAUUUUUCAUUAAUUAAGCAUAAUAAACGUAUAAUGAAAAUUAGUAGAAGAAAACAAAUAAGACCAAAUAGAUUAAUGAACGAUGAAACCCUUCCAAAUACGGAAAAUCCCGAAUUAGUUAUCAGUCAACAUCAAACGGCUGAUCACUCAUCGGAUGAAUCUAAUACUGGUGAUAUCAGUGGUACUGAAGAGAAGUUAAAUGCUGGAGACAUCGGACAUGAGCGAAUAGCUGACCAGUCUCUCGUAACAAAUUUUGUUUCAAUUUCAUCAUCGGAGCAUCAUGAUAAUAAUAUUUCGACACCAUUAACAAAUAGUAUGCAAGCAACUAAUUUUUCUCCUCUUUCCUUUUCUUCUCCUCAUUCUCCUCAUCAUUAUUGUUCAUCAUCUUCAUCGUCAUCAACAUGCUCGUCUUCGCCAACAAUAAAUACAAUCAAGCCUGUAUCCUAUACACUACUGAACAGUAAUCAAAAUAAUUUAACGUGUAAUGACAUCAUAUUACCGAUAUUAACAACAACAGAAACGAGUACUACUGAUAAUGUGAAUGAAAAUUCAUCGUUGUUAUUAACAUCAUCGACUUCUCCAUCAUCCUCGACACUUCCUCGUCAUGAAGCCUAUUGUCAUCUAUGUCGAAAAGAGUUUUGUAAUAAGUAUUUUUUAAAAACACAUUUUGCUAAAAAACACGGCGUACUGGAUAUGACAACGACAGUUUCAGUUGGUCCCGGAGUCAUGAGUCAUUUUAAGUAUUCAGCAGACAAAUCUAAUAUUAAUAAAAAUCUCGUAGCAACAACAUCAUCAUCAUCUUCUUCAUCAAAAUCUCCGACACAUGGAAAUGGAAUACUCGCUACCCCCUCGGAUUCUAUUGAUGAUAUGUUACAUGUUAAAAAAUGUGAAGAAAAUACUAAUAAUACAAUGAAGAUUUCAAAAGAAACAAAAACUACUCCGUUAUCAACACCUACGAAACAUGAUCAUUCAGCAGAUGCGUUGACGGAAGAUUAUUGUGAAUUAUGUCAAAAACGAUUUUGUAACAAAUACUAUUUACGCAAACAUCGUGCUGAGGUACAUGGUGUUUAUACCGAUUAUAUUAAAUCAUUGCAAAGAAGUGGUGAAAGUCCAUUAAAAUCUGGUCGUCCGAGUACUACUCAAAAUACUAAUACGUUAUCGAUUUUGACACCAACAACACCGUCAACAUCUAGUCAAAAUGCUACAUCAUCGAAUAUGCUAUUAAUGAAUCCCUAUAUGCUUCAUCCAUCACAAUUUUUUCUUCCACGAAACACAUUUUCUGAUUUAAAAAUACCUCAAAAAACAUUUACAUCACCAAGUAAUUUUACUAUUCAUUCAAAAAUAUCAUCAUCAAGUGAACAACAACAACAUUCGACAAAAGAUGAUAAUAAUAUUAAUACGAUUAAAAUAGAAAAUGAAUGUGAUGAAGCAGAAAAACAUGAUGGACAAACACUUUGUGAAGAUAUGAAUGAACUUGAUAUAAAAUUAAAUGAACAACACAAGUCGAACGAGAAUGAAGAAGAAUCUAUUAAACAGAAAGAAAUAAAAGUUGAAUCUAUAGAAAACAAAUUAAAUGAUCGUCGUAAUCUCUUAUGUUGUGAAUUAUGUGAUCAACAGUUUAAAAAUAAACAAUUAUUACGUAUACACGUCAAUAAACAUCAUUCAACAACAUCGUUGGAAAAUGGACGUAAUCAUACUAAGCAAAUGUGUCCAUCGAAUAAAAAUAAUUUAGAUCGAUUAGCAUUUUUAAGUCCGUACGUUGAUACAACAAGUGUUUUAGCUCAUAAACUCGAACAUACAAUGCCGUAUGGUAUUAUGGCCGAUUCAUAUUUUUGUGCUAAAAUGGCCGAUCGAGUAGUAUGUGAAAUAUGUAACAAACAAGUAUGUAAUAAAUAUUUUUUAAAAACACAUAAAGCAAAAGUACACGGUAUUACAAACGAUAUUGCACCAACAAUGGUCAAUAUGAACAGUUCACAACAACAAAGUACAACAGCAGCAGUUGUAGACGAUACAACAGCAACAUUCAACGAUGAUAAUGAAAGUUCACAGAGUACCAAAGAAGAUGAAACUAGUUCAACAGGUGUAAAUAAUGAAUCAUUUUCAAUGUCGAGUUUGAUACUGACAGCAGAGGAUCGUGGUGAUCUAAUAGAAGCUAAUAUAGAUCCAGAAGCCUAUUGUAUUAUAUGUAAAAAAGAAUUUUGCUCGAAAUAUUUUCUUCGAACUCAUCAACAAAAUAUUCAUGGUUUACCUAUAGCAUUGUCAUCUUCUUCAACUACUAUCACCAUGACAACAGCACCAUCUUUAAUUUCAAAUUCAUACACAAAUGGUUUAAAACGUAAUCAAAAACAUACAAAACGUUCUGCUAUUUCUCCAUCAAUACCAACUUCAGAAACAUUAUCCGAUUCUAAAAUAGCCAUUUCAUCAUCACCAAGUUUAGCUGAUACAUAUCAAACAUUACUUCAAUUUAUGCAAGCUGCUGCUGCUAUUACAGAAAAUCCUAGUCAAAAUCCGUUUUUGAUAAUGAGUGCAUUAUCAGGAACAAAUCAAUUUUCUGAUCUGUUAUCGAAUGACUAUAAAAAACGUUUAUUAAUACAAAAAAAUGGAACAAUUAACGAAAAUGAAUCGAACGAUGAGGAGGAGGAUGAAGCUGAUGGAAAUCAUGCAUGUAAAAAAAAUUAUUCUGAUUCCGACCAACAAAAUCAUCAAAAAACAGGUAAACGUAAAGUAAAUAAUUCUCAUGAGCAAGAAAAUUCUAUGGACAUAAAAAAACGUAAAACAAACUCCAAUGAUUUUAAAUUAUCAAAAUUAAAUGUAGAUACAUCUCAAAUAAAUCUCACGAAUGAAACAUUAAUUAUGAAUGGCGGUGAUAGUGGAGGUUUGCAACCAUUUUUACUUGAAAGUGAUGAUCCAAAAUUUAUUCAUACAUUCGUUCCAUGUAUGGUCUUUCUUCCCGUUAAAAAUCGUGUUACCAAACAAGUACAUUUAAAUUUACGUUUAAAGCCGGUGUUGACCAAUGAUGAAACUAAUUGA